UUUUUCUGGUGUUUUCCCCGAAGGAUGAAGUGUGAGGGUUAGGGUUUACAGAGGUAUGAAAUGGGAUCGUCGUCGGCGUUUUUCGUGAUCUGCAUACUGCACUCGGUGAUUGCGAUGACGAGUGGAGCACUGAUGAUGUUCUACAUGAAGGAGGUCUACACUUUUGGCCAUGGGGUGCAGACGGCCACCAAGCUUCUUGGAUCCACGCCGCACGACCAGCUUCUGAUCAAGACCUCCGAUUCCUUCUCCGGCUUACUCCUCGUUGCUAUCGGUUUCCUUCUAUUCAUGGUUUCCUUCGUCAGAGACCGUGAUUUUCAGGCCUUCUUUGCUAAGGGUUGCACCCUCCUCCACGUCUUCAUGGCCAUGUGGAGGAUCUACUUCGAACGGAAAGUUGAAGAUCUUGCCUGGGAUUGGCUUCGCCAAACCGUCGGUGAUCUUCUCUUGGCACUUUCCUGGGUUUUCUUCCUUGUUUACUCUUGGAGAGAGAAAAAUACAUUCUGUCUACGUGAAUUACCUUUCCCUGCGUUCAAUUACACAAAAAAUGGGGCAUCUUCCGUUAUUUGUUAUUUUGGGAAUGGUACCCGAUUAUUCGUAAGUUCUUAACUAUAGCUCACUGCGGUGUUAUUCCUGCGAUAAUCGAACUUUUGAUAGUUUUACAUGUAGUUUUGAGCUGAAGGGAAUGACAUUGACUGUGUAGUUGUUAGUGUAUCAAGUUUGAAGAUUUUUGUAACCUGCAAAAUUGAUCAGAAGGUAUACAUUUGUGUCUGUGGGUUUGGGUGAAUAACAGUUGGAUGUUUUAUUUGUUUAUAGAUUUUGGAAUCACAUAAACUAAUGUUGCAAUUGAGUUUGAAGAAUCAUCUUCUCAUUUCAGUAUUUAGAAUCUACAAAUUCUCUGGAUUUAGCUUAUGCUUUACUUGUAAAGUGCAAUUGAUAUGUAGAUCCGGAUGAAGCUAUUUGGGUAUAUAUGUUAAGAAAUUGCAUUUUAUUUUACUUGUCUGAACAGUAAAAAUAAUUCUCAAGAGGCAACUGAUUGAUCAAGUAUUUCACUUGUCCUGUUGUGAAACUAAAUUUAUCCCUGUCAAUCCACAAAUGUUUCUGAUC